UGAAAAGGGAUCUGUCCGCGGGUGGGGAGCGCUCCGCAGGUUCGGUGUUGGUUGGGCCGGUACCAGAGGGUGCCGCUGCGGGAGGAACUCAGGAGCCCGGUCGAGGCUGCCCCGGAAAUGCUUUCUGCCGGCACAAACAUGGCUGCGGCCCUGCGAGCGGCAGGAGCCUUGCUCCGCGAUGGGACACUUUAAUUUUGUCACAGUGGUGCAUGGCAGCUCGAGGGCCCGUCAGCCAUGGAGGUGUCAGUUGGGUACAGCGGCAGCGGCAGGCCCCACAGAGAAGGCCCAACAGACUAAGAGUACAAAACCUCAAGCUCAACUGGAAAAGAGGAAGCCAAAAACCGGAAUAUUAAUGCUGAACAUGGGAGGCCCCGAAACUCUUGGAGACGUUCAUGAAUUCCUUCUGAGGCUCUUCUUGGACCGAGACCUCAUGACACUUCCUAUUCAAAAUAAGCUGGCACCAUUCAUCGCCAAACGCCGAACCCCCAAAAUUCAAGAACAGUAUCGCAGGAUUGGAGGUGGAUCCCCCAUCAAGAUGUGGACUUCCAAGCAAGGAGAAGGCAUGGUGAAACUGCUGGAUGAGUUGUCCCCUAACACAGCUCCUCACAAAUACUAUAUUGGAUUCCGGUACGUCCAUCCUUUAACAGAAGAAGCAAUUGACGAGAUGGAGAGAGAUGGACUGGAAAGGGCCAUUGCUUUCACACAGUAUCCACAGUACAGCUGCUCUACCACUGGGAGCAGCUUAAAUGCCAUAUACAGGUACUAUAAUGAGAUGGGAAAGAAGCCCACGAUGAAGUGGAGCACUAUCGACAGGUGGCCUACACAUCCCCUCCUCAUCCAGUGUUUUGCAGACCACAUUCUGAAAGAACUGGACCAUUUCCCACCUGAGAAGAGGAAUGAGGUGGUCAUUCUGUUUUCUGCUCACUCACUGCCAAUGUCUGUGGUCAACAGAGGGGACCCCUAUCCUCAGGAGGUAGGCGCCACUGUCCACAAAGUCAUGGAGAGGCUGGGUUACUCCAACCCCUACCGCCUGGUUUGGCAGUCCAAGGUUGGUCCAGUGCCCUGGUUGGGUCCUCAAACAGAUGAGUCUAUCAAAGGACUUUGUGAGAGGGGGAGAAAGAAUAUCCUUUUGGUCCCAAUAGCAUUUACCAGUGAUCACAUCGAAACGCUGUACGAAUUGGAUAUCGAGUACUCUCAAGUUUUAGCCAAGGAGUGUGGAGCUGAAAACAUCAGAAGAGCGGAGUCUCUUAAUGGAAAUCCAUUGUUCUCUAAGGCCCUGGCCGAUUUGGUGCUCUCUCACAUCCAGUCCAACAAGCUGUGCUCCAAGCAGCUGACUCUGAGUUGUCCACUCUGUGUAAAUCCUGUCUGCAGGGAGACUAAGUCCUUCUUCACCAACCAGCAGCUGUGACCCUGCUAGAGGAGCCCGUGGGAUUAGGCAGAUGGCCAACAUCCAGACACCACUGUGUGGAGGGGAUGCUGUUCAGAGAUUGGAAAGAAGCCAUUUUAGUGGAUACACAGCCUUUGGGCACAGACUGUGUGAUUUGCUGAGGAAUGGACUCUGAAAUCCUUACUGAAGGACUUGUAUUUUCAUAAACCUGUAUCAGUAGCAUUUGUACUCCCUCUUUCUGGGUAAACUUGCUAGUUUGUAACAUCCCCUAUGACAUUAAAAAAUGAGUUUAAAAAUUUAUCUGAUGCGAUACAUACCAAUUUAAAAUAUGUGAGAUCGGUUUAUAGCCUUGUGCAUACAGGUUUUUAAAUGCAUAUAGUUGAGUUUAUGCAGUAUCAUUUGAAAAAGCAAUAUUAGCUAAACCUUCCCUAAACCCAUAGGUUAUGCAACGUCUCUGAGAUGGUUGGGUUUCCUUCCAUGGUUGCCAUUGCUAGUGAGGCCACCAUUUUUUGGUCAUGUAGGUGUCUGCAUGAGAAUCUCUCUCCACCCUGAAACUGAAUCAAAUGCAAAUUUCAGAAGUGUUCUGAGAUUCCCUAAGCACAUAAGGCUAAUAAAUGUGUAGAAAUCAGUGUUUGGCAUAUCUGCCUUGGUUUGAAUCCAUGGUGCCUUAGGGAAGGGGACUUCCGCUGCUUCCUGUCUCUGAGGACAUUGCUGCCAGGAAACACUGCUGAUGGGCUCCCUCUUGAAAUCUCCCUGGAGCCUUUCCAGCUGGUAUCUUCUUGAUCUUGGUUGAAUGUCUCCUUUCUGCACAUUUAAGAAUUAUUUUAUCAAGUUGACUACAUUUUGUAACCUUGGAUUCUUUCUUCAUUGAUAAUUUUAUUAUAGAAAUAUAUAGCCAUAGAACAACUGAAAAAUACAGAAAGGAGAAAUAACCCCUCGAAUGCAACUACUAUUAUCAUCUUAUUGUAUUUUAUGCUAGUCUUUUCCUGUGGAUAUUUUCAAUGCCAUUGUCACCUUGAAGUGGUGAGUGAAAAGUUAUUCUAAAAAUGUAGAAAUAAUAUUGGAUCAGAAUCUGAUCUUCUAUAGUUGGAUUUAUAUGGCUUAAAAACUCUGAUGGAUCUAUGAAGCAUUUGUACUGAUCACUUUUUCUUCCUCCAAGCCCCCAAACUUUGUUCUUCAAAAGAGCAUUUCUUUGAUUAUUUUUAAAAAGCCAGUUCAUAAAAUGGAAGUGAUUAGGGGAUUCAUAGAUCUUCUAUAUUCAGGAUUUGCUGUUAAUAAAUAUUAUGACAUCAUUAAAGUUUUAACCAGUUUGA